ACAAGGAAAAGAAAAACCAGAACGUGAGAUUUGGGGAAAAAGAGGAAAACAAGGGUUUGAGAAGAAUUGCCACCGUGAGAAACUCCAACCGGAACCGGGGCAAAAUUCGAUCGAGAAAUUUGAGCUACCUUCAAUCCAAUCAGUGCUUAGUUGAGAUGGCUGGUAGAAACGAUGCUGCGAUUGCUGCUGCUUUGGAGGCUAUGGCUCAGGCUUUGGCGAAUCAUCCAAAUGCUGAUGAGAAUGCUGGAUCUCGUAGUUUAGCAACCUUCCAGAGGGAGAAUCCGCCGGUCUUCAAAGGCAAGCAUGACCCUGAUGGCGCAUUGGAGUGGUUGAAGGAGAUUGAGAGGAUCUUCCGUGUGAUGGACUGCACUCAGGCACAGAAGGUUCGGUAUGGAACUCAUAUGCUGGCAGUCGAAGCUGAUGAUUGGUGGCUAGAGACUCGCCAGAGAUUGGAAGUUGCUGGUGAAGAGAUCACUUGGAUUGUUUUCCGUAGGGAGUUUCUGAGGAAGUAUUAUCCUGAAGAUGUUCGGGGUAAGAAGGAGAUUGAGUUCCUAGAGCUGAAACAGGGAAAUAUGUCAGUGACAGAGUAUGCUGCAAAGUUCACUGAGUUGGCUAAGUUCUACCCAUAUUAUGACGGAGCAGGUGCUGAGUUUUCAAAGUGCAUCAAGUUUGAGAACGGAUUGCGCUCUGAGAUCAAGAAAGCUGUUGGGUAUCAGAAGAUUCGUAUCUUUCCUAAUUUGGUUGAUAGUUGCAGGAUUUAUGAAGAAGAUCAUAAUGCACAUUACAAAAUUGUCAAGGAUAGGAGAGGCAAGCAGAACCGUAGUACACCUUAUGAUGCUCCAGUUAGAAAGGGUAACGCAGAUGUGGUUGAUGGCAAGAGAACAAGUGGGGGAGAAGCUCCUGCCAGAGUUGUUUGUUUCAAUUGCGGGAAACCUGGUCAUAAGAGUAACGCGUGCAACAUUGAGGUGAAGAAAUGUUUCCGUUGUGGUAAGAUGGGACAUGCUAUGUCAGAUUGUAAGCAUAAGGAAAUGGUUUGUUUUAACUGCGGUGAAGAGGGUCAUAUUGGUAGUCAGUGUCCGAAACCAAAUAAGACGCAACCUGGUGGAAAAGUGUUCGCGUUGGCGGGAAGUCAGACUGAUCGUGAGGACGAUCACGUUAGAGGUAGCGAGGAGUAAAGACUUAGUAGCUUAUUGGUGUCGUCGCUCUGAUACGUAGCACUCGGGGGGAUUGAACGCUUGUUUGAAUUACGUUGUUAUUUCCUUUAAAGUUGAACUCAAGUUGUUAUCUUGAGAAGUUGUUUUGAUUUAAGUUGUCUAUUAUAAAAAGAUGCUAUGAUGUUCGGAGUUUAUGUUGAUACUUGAAUUACGUUGAAUA